AGAAGUUAUCGAACACUUUUUCGACGAAGCACAUUCUCAUUUGUAUCUUUUCCUUCAUCUGCCACGUCACUUUUUCAACAGCAACAGCAAGCAUCAACAUCUAUCGGUUUUGGCGGUUCCACGUUUGUUCAACUCUAUCUGGUGUUUCUUGCCGACAUAUUGAACAUUGAGCAAAUAUGCUUCUGAACACUAUACUCCCCUGGACCUUGCUGGCGCCAGCUGCCCUGGCCAUCUCAAUCGACACUCAUCUAUCAACUGAGACCACAGUCUUCUGCUCCACAACCUACGGCAAAACACACCUAUCCUCAAUACCAACAACCACAUCAAUAUCUCCGACUACAAUCGAGCUAUCACCAGUAGUUCUUCACAACAGCACAACCCUCACAAAAACCGUGACGCCAAAACCUUUCAACACAUUGUUCAGCAUCUUGACCACAAAAACAAAAUGGGUCACUUCAACACCGGUGAAUGGGACGUUCUAUACCACCAAGACGAAAUUCGGGACUAGUACUUUUUGGCAUCAUGCUACGACUACGAAGACGAAGACGGAGUUUAGGUAUUUGACUUCACGGACGACCGAGUGGAUUGCCGCGCCUACUGGAUUCCUGCCUGUGAGGAACACUACUUUCGCGCCUGCUGAGGAAGAAGGACAGCAGAAGAGGGAUUUGAGUCAUCCUCAUGCGGCAAGAGCGUCUUUCAAGAUUCCCAAGCCUGAAGUCGUGCGCCCCACUUCUGGCAAAUUUGCUGUAGAGGUGGGAUGUAAGCAAGAAGUCAGGGUCCAUACGACGGAAGUCUUGUUGUUGACGGCGACGAAAAGGGCGACUGUGACGUUAAGACCGGAGACUGUGUUUAAGAAUAGGACGGUAUAUGGUACUAUUACCAGUACUGUUUUUAUUCUUUCUUUUCCCUCUUCGUCGGCUUCUUCGUCCUCACCUUCAUCGAUGCUGGCCAGGGAGGUGACGACGGCAGCAGAAUCGGCGGUCCAAAGUACAGCGGUGGCAUCAACAGCUGCUUCGACAACAUCAAGAUCCGCAGCAUCGACCUCUGGCUCUUCAUCCGCUUCAUCAGCUUCAGAUUCUGCAUCCUCAACUUCUGGAUCCACAGUAUCGUCCGCAGCAUCAUCAACCUCUACAACCUCCUCAUCCACAACCCACCCACCCCUCCCCACCGGCGCAAACGGCAUCGCAACCUCCCUCGCCCACACGACCACAACACCCUACACAAUAACCUUCACCUUCACCGCCACUUCCACUUCAACCACAACACUCACCCGCCACGCAACCACCACUAUCACAUCCCACUCCGCCUGCGCUACUUCUAACUUGCUUUCUCAAACUUCUAAGAAUCGCAGGAUCAAUGGUGUCAGUAUGCUGGAUGGGGGAAGAGUUGAAGAGGUGGAGGUGAAGACGGCGGGGGAGUGUUGUGAGCAAUGUAUGGGGAGGGAUGGGUGUGUAUGGGGGGUUUGGGAGGCUAGUGGGGGAAAGGUUGGGGCUUGUUAUUUGGUGCUGAAGAAGAACAGUGGAGUGAAAGAAAACGAGAAAGAGAAAGGGGUUUGUGACAGGCAAGAGCAGAAGGGAUUUUACGGGUAUAGAGGUGGCAAUGGAGAGGUCAGGUAUGUGGUUAGUAAUGGGGUUUGCGGUAUGUUACAGGAAGCAUAGUUGGGCUAUUGGGUUCUGGCGAAACAUGAGAUUUGGAUGGCGUCUUUGACUUUUCUUUCUCCCUAAUCUUCCUGUUUCUUUGCUUACUUAUCAUGGUCUUGAUGAAUUGUUUCCAAUGCACGUCGUCUUCCUUUUUUCUUCGCUGUUUUCUGGACUUUAGAGCAUUCUUCACUUUCAUAACAACGAGAUGUCGUCACACCAUGCAUCGUCGCUUGCCAGAAUCGUCAUCUA